UCAGAUUUGUGUCAUCUUUUUAAGUCUUUAUAAGGCAGUGGUGGCCCUCUCCUCAUUUCUCAUGUGGCAUUUACAGUUAUACUAAUAUUUUCCGCCAAUCACCAUUUCUUCUUCCUCACACAGCCACAGGUGCUCUGACACUCCCCGGUGGGGGCCACCUUCCGCCUGACUCCACUAACAUUUUCUUCUUUUCGCCGCCGUUCGCCGCCGAGAUCGCAUUCCAAUUUAUGCUCCCUUAACCAACCGCCAUGGACAGAACCUACGCCUCUCCUAGCUCCCAAAACCUCACGGCUAUAGCUACUUCCGCAGAUAAUUUUGCUUCUUCUUCUUCUUCUCCUACUUCUAUGUCGGCCGGUAGUCACCGCUCGGUGAAAAUCAUCCCGCUGGAACAUCCGUCAACUACGACGACGUCGUCUUCUUCUUCGCCGUCUGUUGUAUCGAAAUGGAAGGCGAGGGUGAAAAGGAUGACGUGGAUUGAGUGGAUUGACUUCUUCUUUCCUUGUUCCCGUUGGAUGCGAACUUAUAAAGUGAAUGAGUACUUGCAACCUGAUCUCAUGGCUGGUAUCACCGUAGGCAUCAUGCUCGUUCCUCAGUCGAUGUCGUAUGCAAAGCUGGCUGGGCUUCAACCCAUAUAUGGACUUUAUUCUGGUUUCAUCCCUAUAUUUAUCUACACCAUAUUUGGGUCAUCUCGUCAGCUUGCAAUUGGUCCAGUUGCAUUGACGUCUCUUCUAGUGUCAAAUGUCUUGAGCAGCAUAGUUGAUCCGUCAGACAAGUUAUACACGGAGCUUGCUAUAUUGUUAGCACUUAUGGUUGGCAUCUUUGAAUGCACAAUGGCACUCUUAAGGCUUGGAUGGCUCAUACGUUUCAUCAGCCACUCUGUGAUUUCUGGUUUUACAACCGCCUCUGCUUUUGUCAUUGCCUUGUCUGAAGCAAAGUACUUCUUGGGCUAUGAAAUAGAACGGAGUAGCAAAAUCAUACCUCUAGUCAAAAGUAUAAUUGCUGGAUCAGAUAAGUUCUCGUGGCCUCCUUUUGUUAUGGGCUCACUGAUGCUAGCUAUUCUUCUGACCAUGAAGCACUUGGGAAAAACAAGGAAGCAUUUCCGUUUUCUGCGUGCAGCUGGUCCCCUCACAGCUGUUGUUCUGGGUACAACUUUUGUGAAAAUCUAUCAUCCACCUUCAAUUUCGUUGGUGGGUGAUAUACCUCAGGGGCUGCCAAAGUUUUCUGUACCAAAGCAUUUUGACCAUGUAAAGUCUUUGAUCCCUACUACAGUUCUUAUUACCGGUGUAGCUAUCCUGGAAUCAGUGGGGAUUGCUAAGGCUCUGGCAGCAAAAAAUGGAUAUGAGUUGGAUUCGAACCAAGAGUUAUUUGGUCUUGGCUUGGCCAACAUUUGUGGCUCAUUCUUCUCAAUUUACCCUACAACUGGCUCUUUUUCUAGAUCAGCUGUAAAUCAUGAAAGUGGAGCAAAAACUGGCUUAUCGGGACUUGUGAUGGGAAUUAUAAUGGCAUGUGCUCUAUUAUUCUUGACUCCUGUAUUUGAAUACAUACCUCAGUGUUCCUUGGCUGCGAUUGUGAUAUCUGCUGUAAUUGGACUGGUGGAUUACGAUGAGGCUAAAUUUUUAUGGCGUGUUGACAAGAAAGAUUUUCUGUUGUGGACUAUUACUUGCAUGACAACCUUGUUGCUUGGCAUAGAGAUUGGUGUCCUUGUUGGGGUUGGUGUCUCACUUGCUUUUGUUAUCCAUGAAUCAGCAAAUCCACAUAUUGCUGUCUUGGGGCGCCUUCCUGGUACUACUAUUUACCGGAACACUCAACAGUACCCCGAAGCAUAUACGUAUAAUGGGAUUGUGAUUGUUCGAAUUGAUGCACCUAUUUACUUUGCCAACACCAGUUACAUCAAAGACAGGUUACGGGAUUACGAAAUUGAAAAGGAUGAAUCUACAGGUCGGGGACCAGAAGUUUCAAGAAUUCAUUUUGUGAUCCUUGAGAUGGCCCCUGUUACAUAUAUAGACUCCAGUGCUGUUCAAGCUCUGAAAGAGCUCCACCAGGAAUAUAAAUCACGAGACAUUCAGUUAGCCAUUUCCAAUCCCAACCGCGAAGUGCUUCUGACCCUAGCUAGAGCUGGUGUGAUUGAUCUGAUUGGCAAGGAGUGGUACUUUGUCCGAGUCCACGAUGCUGUUCAAGUUUGUCUUCAACAUGUUCAGAGGUUAAAUGAAUUUCCCAAGGCACAAGAAUUUUUGACAGAAAACAAACCAAGCUUGUUCCAGAGGCUACUAAAUCAAAGGAAAGAUGAAUUUUCUCAACCUGAACUCGAAUCAGGUUUCCAGGAAUCCUUUCUUACCAAAGGCGCUGACCCUCAACUAGAACCACUGUUGUCAAAAAAGCCAUGAUAAAAGGCUGCUUACAAAAUGUAUCAGUGUGUAUGUCAUGUAAUGUGUUUGAUUAUUUGGACUCUUUUUUGAUUGAUUCAUUGUAACUAGCCUUCUAUUUGAACAGACAAAGCUAUUCAUCAUAUGUAAAGUGUAUUCUGUAUCUUUUUUCCGGCGGAAAUGCAUUCUUCCCCAAGUUUGUAAUAAGAUGACAGUGCAAAUUUUGUACCUCAUAGUGGAAAUACAAGAAAGCAUUAUUGACAACUA